AUGUCGUUGUCGAACACUUCAGUAGCGGUGUUGAGACAGCUAAUGGACGAUAGUAACCAUGAAUUGGUUAACAUGUUGACCAACCAGAUGGGCACAGUCUUUAAUCCACUAAUACAAGAAUUCGCCGAAACAAAUAGGCAGGUGGCGAACCAAUUGACACGGAUGUGCAAUUUUCUGGGGGCACCGGCCCGACAGAUGACGCCAAUGAUUAGACCGACGGUUCCUGUGCAGAUAGAGAUAGGGGCAGCGGAGGAGGAGACAGUCCACGAAGGACAAAUCAUUAGACCCCUUCAACAUCAAGGCGUCGAAUCGGGAGUCGCGGGACGUAACCAGAUGGUAAUGGUUAACCGACACCAGGAUGCUGAUCAAAUUGUCAACCAACAUCGACAAGAAGACCUCUCGGUGGAAAAUAAUUUGACAACUAUUGUCGAAAAGAUUAUGGCUAGAAAUGGCAUGGGUGCUACGUUACAAAGACCAUUAUACGCUUCCCCGUUGGCUGAAUUUAUUCUCCAAGCUGAGGCGCCUAGGGGGAUGAAAGUGCCUAAGUACACUAAAUUUGGGGGAGAGUCUGGUGAAUCGACAAUAGAGCACGUCGCCAGAUACUUAACAGAGUCAGGGGAUCUAGCUCAUAAUAAAUGUUUAAGAGUAAAAAACUUCCCCUCCUCUCUGACCAAGGCUGCCUUCACAUGGUUUACUUCGUUGGCCCCAAGUUCAAUCGACUCAUGGGCUAAAUUAGAAACGAAGUUCCAUGAACAGUCCUUAAAAGCUAGGUGCUUUACGCAAGUGCCAGAACAUGAACUAGUUCAAAUGGCCGCAGGAGGUUUAGAUUAUUCCAUUAGGAAGAAGAUAGAUCCAACUUUUGUGAAAAGUGUGUCACAACUGGCUGACAGAGUCCGGCAUCUAGAACGACUAAGGCUAGAAAAGGUUAGGCACAAUAAGUCUAAGAAAGAAAAAGUAGCGUUUGUCGAAUACGACGCGACAGACCCAAUACGUGAGGCCGAUUAUGCUUCAUCGACAGAAUUAGAAAUCGACGUGGCUGAACUAAAGCCAGGGUCCGCCUAUGAGUGUCGAUCAUUGCUGUCUGCGCAAGGAAAAAAAUCCUGUUGA